AUGGCGUUGGUGGUGCCUCUGAAAGAGAAGAGGCUCAUGGAGGUUAAACUUGGAAAGCUGACAAGCUGGAUAUUGAUGCGGAAUUUCACUCCCAGUGGCAUUGUGGGAGCCUUUCAGAGAGGUUAUGACCGGUAUUACAACAAGUACAUCAAUGUGAGGAAAGGCAGCAUUGUGGGGAUUAACGUGGUGCUGGCAGCCUACGUGGUUUUCAACUACUGCAUUUCUUACAAGGAACUCAAACAAGAGCGGUGA